AAACCGUGAUCCCUGAUCGAUAUGAGUGAUAUUCCCGCGGACGAGAACGAGAAGCGCCCUCAGUUUGGAACCCGUCUCCUAACGGACACAGACGACGUCUUCAAGCACAAUGCUUGGUAAAUAUGGGAUGCAAAGCUUUCGGAGAUUGGCCAGCAAAACUUGGGAGCACACUCGUCUGCGCAAAAAACCGUCAGGAGCGGGAAGCCGGGUGCUCACCGAUGCGCAAGAGGUGUUCGAGUUUAACGCCUGGGACCACGUGCAAUGGGAUGAGGAGCAGGAACUAGCUGCCCAGGCAGCGGUUGCCAAAAACUCAUCUAGUAAAAUGGAUGCAGAGCAGAAAGACCGCUUCCAAUCGGACGCCCCAAAGUUCUGGGACUCCUUUUACGGCAUCCACGAUAAUCGAUUCUUCAAGGAUAGACACUGGUUAUUUACAGAGUUUCCGGAACUGAAUCUUUCGACGACGGAUACGACGGAGCAACAGUCUCGCAGUAUCUUUGAACUGGGCUGCGGCGUUGGGAACACAAUUCUUCCUCUUUUGCAGUACAGUUCAGACCCGAAACUAAAGAUAUUUGGUUGUGACUUCUCUGCUCGUGCUAUUGAAAUCCUGCGAAGUCAACCUGAACUCGAUGAGAAGCGCUGCGAGGUGUUUGUGAUGGAUGCCACGUUGGAUAAGUGGCAGACACCCUUUGAGGAGAGCUCGCAGGACAUCAUCGUGAUGAUCUUCGUUCUGUCCGCCAUUGAGCCAAAGAAAAUGCAGCGGGUCCUGGACAACUGCUAUCGCUUCCUAAAGCCAGGGGGCUUGCUUUUAUUCCGCGAUUACGGAAGAUACGACCUGGCACAGUUGCGAUUUAAGAGCGGAAAGUGUUUGGAGGACAACUUUUAUGUGCGUGGCGAUGGUACCAUGGUGUAUUUUUUCACAGAGGAGGAACUGCGAUCUAUGAUGACUCAGGCUGGGCUAAAGGAAGAACAGCUCAUUGUGGACCGAAGGCUGCAAGUCAACCGCAGUCGGGGCUUAAAAAUGUACCGCGUUUGGAUCCAGGCAAAGUUCAGGAAGCCUCUUUAGAGCAUUUAGGUCUAGUUUAACUUAAAUAUAAUUGAGCAUUUUUAUUAUAAAUAAUAAAGUUAACAAUCUAAAAAUGGUUAAAA